GUGGCACCUCCCUCUGCCCUCUUGGCGCUGCUUUCCGCACCGCGCCAGCCCGCGCCAUGGGCUGUUUCUUUGGGGCUGCGGCACUGCGGGCGUUGUUGUGCGGGCCACGCAUUCCAGGCCUGCUGGUGCGCCCCAGUUCCGGAGGGCCUUCCUGGCCCCAGGAGCGGACCCUGGUUGCUGUGAAGCCAGAUGGGGUGCAGCGGAGGCUAGUGGGGACUGUGAUACAACGCUUUGAGAGGCGGGGCUUCAAGCUAGUGGGGAUGAAGAUGUUGCAGGCACCAGAGAGCAUCCUUGCUGAGCACUACCGGGACCUACAGAGGAAGCCAUUCUACCCAUCCCUUAUCAGCUACAUGAGCUCUGGGCCUGUGGUGGCCAUGGUCUGGGAAGGGCACAAUGUGGUCCACAUCUCAAGGACCAUGAUAGGACACACUGACUCAACCCAGGCAGCCCCUGGGACAAUCAGGGGAGACUUCAGUGUUCACAUCAGCAGCUUGACGACGGAACCCACUCCUGGGUUCUCAGCAACCGGUCUCUUGUCUGAGCAGCUUCAGGAGAAUGUGGAUCAAGUACGGUGAUCCUUGCCAGCCACCAAGAGGGCCACUCUGGGAAUUUUUUCACCCGGGCUAGCCACGCGAGGGAGCUAUUGGCUUUGCAAACUCCCGAUCGUCUUCCACUGGAAGGGAGUGUCCAAGCUGAUACGACACUGUCUGGCCAGCUUGGGUACUUGGAUUAAGUGGCCUCACCUUCAUCCAACUGGGAAAGGACUCGGGGGUUUAACAGGCGGGAGCAUCGUACGGCGUCAGCGUCUGCGCCUCCUCCCUCUUGCAGUCCCAGCAGGCUGCGCGCCACCAAGGGUGGGGCGCCCGCCGGGUGGAAUGCGAAGAGCGGGAGGGCGGGGAGUCGCAGACGGGAGUGUGAUAGGAAGGCGUGGAAGGGACGAGGCACCGCCUUAUAG